AUGUGGUUUGCAAUCAUUUGUCUGGCGAUAGGAUUUACGAUAAAAAUCCUGCACGACUGGCGACACUCAUCAAAAUUUCCCCCAGGACCUCGCGGCCUGCCACUCGUAGGAAACAUAUUCGACAUGAAACGUUUGGUCGAGGAGACCAAAUUUUAUUCUCAUGCUUGGUGUCGGCUGGCCGACAUUUACGGACCCAUCGUCGGCUUGAAACUCGGCACAGCCGAACCGCUGAUUAUUGUUUCCGGUAGGGAUGCCGUGCUCGAAAUGAUGAGUCGACCUGAAUUCGACGGUAGACCCCAUGGAUUUUUAUAUAAACAUCGCACAGGGGGUGAACGAAGAGGUGUAAUAUUCACCGAUGGUGAUAUUUGGCGAAAUCAAAGAAGAUUUGUUCUGAGAACAUUAAAAGAAUUUGGAUUCGGAAAAAUGGCGAUGGAAGAUAUAAUAUUAAACGAUGCAGUUUCCUUAACCAACAUAAUAGAAUCGUUGGCUAAAUCAGGAUCCAUUACAAAUUUACACAAUAUCACCUCCAUAGCAGUCCUUAAUAGUUUAUGGACGUUAAUCGCUGGAUCGAGAUUCGACUUGACCAAGGAGAACCCAAAAUUAAGAGAAGUUUUAUCAGUGGUAAACGAUCUGAUCAGAAACAGCAACGUCACCGGCGGCAUCUUGACCCAUUUGCCUUUUUUAAGAUACAUUAUCCCAAAUUUUACCGGAUUUACCGUACUAAAUCAGAGACUAGCACGAAUGUCACAAUUCUUUAGGAGUGAAAUUGCGAAGCACAAACAAACUAAAAUGCACGGCGAGUUUCGAGACUUUAUUGAUGUUUACCUAGCGGAAAUGGAGCAAUCUAGCUCAAUUAUAUCGUGCUUCGACGAGGAGCAAUUAAUUAGCGUCCUGAAAGACCUCUUUACCGCCGGUGUAGAAACGACGAACAACACAAUUGGCUUUAUAAUAACGCAUCUCGCGGUGAGGCAGGAUGUGCAAGGAAAAGUACACGAGGAAAUUGAGAGGGUGCUGGGCAAGGAAAUUCUACCUCGUGUAGCGCACAAAAAUCGACUACCAUACUUGAAUGCAACGAUAGCGGAAGUAUCCAGACUAGCAAAUAUCGGCCCUACGUCAAUUCCUCAUCGAGCGAUGAUCGAUUCUACUUUACUUGGCUAUGAAAUCAAAAAGAACUAUACCUUGUUGGCCAAUUUCAGAAGUGUCCAUAUGGACGAGAAACAUUGGGGCGAUCCAAAAGAAUUUCGGCCCGAGAGAUUCAUCAACGAUAAAGGAGACUACGUCGAGGAUCCCUGGUUAAUGCCGUUUGGCUUAGGUCGUAGAAAGUGUUUGGGCGAAAUCUUGGCGAGAAACAGCGUGUUUUUGUUCACUGCGUGUCUGCUGCAGAAAUUUCAGUUUACGUUAUCUCCGGAAUAUCCGCAUCCUAAUUUAGAUGGCGUCGAUGGAUUUACAAUUGCACCACCUGAUAUAUGUGUUAAUGUUAUCAAGAGAAAAUAA